AUGGAGUCCCGUCAACGGCUAAACCAGGACGAAAUAGCUACAAUUUUAGAAAAUGAUGACGAUUAUUCUCCGCUGGAUUCGGACUCCGAGGAAGAAGAUCGUGUAGCUGAAGAUGACGUCUGGAGUGAUAACGAGGACGCGAUGGUCGAUUUCGUUGAAGAUACAAGCAGGCAAGAGGACCCCGAUAACAAUAUUGCUUCUCGGGAAUCGCCUAAUCUUGAGCUCAAAAUGCCACCUAAAAAGAAGCCACCCAAAACAAGAGAAGAAAUAUUAGAACAAAAACGAAUAGCUGAACAAUUGAGAUAUCAACGCCUUAAAAAUGACCCUCAAAAACUAGAAGAAAUGAAAGAAAAAGAAAGGCUGAAAUACCAAAAGAAGAAAGAAAAAGGGAGCAUAAAAUUGGUUAAGGAUAUGAGUCGUCGCGAGCAUAAGGCUGCUAAAAAGACUUGGAAAGAGCGCUGUACUAAAUAUCGUCAAAAAAAAAGGGCCAUGAAAGAAAUAACUAAUACUUUUGUCAGGGAAAAUACACCAGAUUCUACUACUGGCCCAACAUUAGAAUAUCCGGCGCCAUUAAGGUCGUCAGAAAAUGCAUUAGUUGAGGCAAGAAAGAAACAGGCUAGAAAGAAACGUGCAAAGAUAUUGAAAGAUAAAGACAAUAAGAUUCAACAAUACAAACAGAAAUUGGAAAAAUAUAAGAAAAGAUUACAACGGUUGGAACAAAAACUUAAUAAAAACGGUAAAAAAGAUGAGACACCUAACACAAAACUAACACGAAUGUGUGUCACUCCAUCAACUCGCAAAGACGUUGUUAAGAAGGCACUUUUUGGGGAAGUAUUAAAUAAACAAUUAAAAGAAAACUAUGCAGGAUUACAAACACAAAAAGAGAAACAUAUUUUCGGAAAAGUUAUAUCAGGUGAAUUGGUUGAAAAAUAUAAGUUAUGGAGGAGCCAAGAAAGUGUGGUGUCCUAUAAGAGGCUUCAGAAAAUUAAAAAUCUAUCAUUAUUACCCACAACACGGACUCGACUACCACUUAUUGCAUCCGAACAUAUGAAGAUAGUACAAAAUUUUUAUGAAAAUGAUGAUAAUAGCAGAAUUGGUGCAGGAAAACGGGAAUGUGUAACCAAGAACAGAGUCAAAAAGCAAAAGAGAUACUUGCUAGAUACAUUGACCAAUUUGUACCAGAAAUUUAAGAGUAAUCACUCAGGUCUAAUCAGUUAUCAGACAUUCUGUCGUUUGCGUCCAUUCUGGGUGGUAACACCCAAAAUAAAUGAACGGGAUACAUGCCUUUGUAUCAGACACGCAAACAUUGAUAUGAAAUUAUCUGCCUUGUACUGCCGGAAGAUUUUGCGCUACGAUAAUCAUAAUAAAUUGCUUGAAAAAACUUGCUGUAAUCGUUAUGAUGAGCAAUGUUUAUCUCGGGAAUGUCAGCAUUGUUUCAAUAAGAAUCCUGAUUACCAAGAGUUUGAUGAUAGCAAGCCUAUAGUGUAUAAAAAAUGGAUAGCUGAGAAACAAGAUUACAAAGAUCCAAAGUUAAAUAAAGUACGAUCUAUAACAAAAUAUGUGAAAAAGAAAAUUACGGUUAGUCCUCGUGAAUUAAUACAAGAACUACACGAUGAACUGGAUGCGUAUUAUAACCACGAAAGAAACAUAUUUCAUCAGUACACAGCUAUCAAAGAGUUAAAAGAGAAUCUUAAUGAUAAUGAAGUUGUUAUACUCAUGGACUUUUCAGAAAAUUACUGUACCAAGUACAGUGAGGAGAUACAGGCCUAUCAUUUUGGAGGUUCUAGACUUCAGCUUAGCCUUCAUACCGUGGUAGUUUACACUAAAAAUGCCUUAAAAUCCUAUUGUACUGUUUCCCAAAAUACUACACACUCACCUGCUGCUAUUUGGGAACAUUUGAAGCCUAUUUUUAGAACUUUACCAUCGCAUAUUACCGGCAUUCAUUUUGUGAGCGACGGACCCGUUACACAGUAUCGAAAUAAAACGAUGUUCCAUAUUCUGGCUUCGAGGCUACAUGUGGAGGUUCCAAAUGUAGAAAAGUUCUCCUGGAAUUUUUCAGAGAGUGGCCAUGGCAAGAGUGCCGCAGAUGGUAAUGGCGCCACGUGCAAAAGAUCUGCUGAUGCUGUCGUUGCUGCAGGAGGAGAUAUCGAUAGUUUGGAAUCUUUUAUAGACUCUGUACGUCAAAGGUGUCCUUCAAUCACUCUAUUUACAGUUGACGAUGAUGCAAUAAAAAAAAUGGCUAUCGAUAUUCUGAAAGACGCCAAAAAAUUAAAAAGCUUUUAUGGCACCCUUAAAAUACAUCAGAUUAAGGGAAAGAUAUCACGCAGUCCUUUGGGUUUGCCACAAGGCACUGCCAAACUUAUAAUGAAGAGCUUAAGCUGCCCUUGUGAAGAAGAAUGCCAGCAUUUUAACCUAGGUGUUAUGAACUAUGAAGUGGCAAAACUUCACGUCGAGGAUUUCUACACAGACUCCGAUUCCGAAGACGAAAUCCCGCUAGCUCAAAUCCCACGGAAUAAUGACUGCAUUACACAGACUGUCCUUUUAAGACCGAUUGAAAAUACUAAGACUGAUCUUGAGAAUACUGCGGAGCCUAGUACAAGCGGCCUUCAGCAAACUUAUUAUAACAGUGGUGAUUAUGUUUUAGUUAAGUUUACUGUCGGGAACAGGGAAUAUCGUUAUGCUGCUGUUGUUAAUAAAGUAGAUGAUGAGGACGGCGAACUAACAGUGACUUUUCUGAAAAUUUGUGAUAACAAAGGUUACACGUUUAGAAUAGAUGAGAAUGAUAUGUUUGAUGUCGGUUUUGACCAAAUAUUGGAAAAGUUGCCUGUUCCGAACGUGACUGUUAAAGGAAGAAUUGAGAUGGAUAUUAAAAACAAUACGGCUCUAAUUGAAGCCCUGUUAUUAGAAGAGCUUCCGGACUGCGACGAAGCGUCUGAUGCAGGUGUGUCCGAUGAUGAAGUGGAAAAUGUUCAACUACCCUCGCCAAGAGGUUUCGAUGAAAUUUUUAAAGAGCUAUAG